GGUGGUGGUGGUGGUGGUGGUGGUAGCCUCGGUGGUUGGAGAGAAUAAAUGCUGCUUUACUGUGCUGAAACGGACAAUACAGUAAAAAGAAAAUUAGCAAACAGACAAAAUGGUUUUUCCUCUUGUUUCUUAAUGCUCAUACAUAUUUUAUUAGCAGCAUCAUCUUUCAUCAAAUAAAAAACACAUCUACUGCGUGUUCUGUGUGUGUGAGAGAGAGAUAGCCAUGGAUUCAGACUUCUAGGACCACGUGGAACCAAACACCCUCCCAGUUCAGAUUCACUCUCUCUCUCUCUCUCUCUCUCUCUCUCUAUCUUUCCAGCGAAGCCAGCCAGUUUUUCCAUUUCAUCAAUACCCAUUCCUCACUCUCUCUCUCUCUCUCUCACACACACACACACAUCUACUUCUUGAAUUUUCGAACUUUCUUGAAAAUACAAAACCAACGUUAUAAAUUUCAGGAUUUUCUUACACUAACCCACAACAGAGAUCUCUAAUGAACCCAUUUCAAGGCUGAACACUCCGGAAUUGCCACCGCCGGAAAAAAAAAGACUGCAUUUUUGAAUGAAAUACAUUGUUGUCUUAGCAGCGGCGGAGGUGGCGGCGGCGGCGGCGACGGAGAUCAAGAACUGGAUCCGGCAAGUAUAAUGCCGGGGCGGCUAUGUUGGGAACAUGAGAAUACUAGGUACAAUUUUCCUUUACGCAUUCUGUCUGCUUCAAUUCGCCACAAUUCUUGUCUCCCCCAUUACCACUGAACAAGAAAUUCUACUUCAAUUCAAGGGCAACAUUUCAAUUGACCCUUUCAAUAGUUUAAUUUCAUGGAAUCCCGAAAACACCCCUUGCCGAGAUUAUCUCGGCGUGUCCUGUAACUCCGUCGGAAACGUCGAAAAGAUUGUUUUAUGGAACACGGGUCUCGUCGGAGUUCUAUCUUCGGCAUUGUCCGGAUUGAAAUCUCUUAGGAUCAUCACAUUGUUCGGUAAUAGAUUCAGUGGUAAUAUCCCUUUCGAGUACGGCGGAAUCGAUGCGUUGUGGAAGAUAAACUUGAGCUCCAAUGCACUUUCCGGGUCAAUCCCGGAAUUUCUCGGAGACUUGCCGAACAUACGGUUUCUUGAUUUAUCGAGAAAUGAGUAUAAUGGGAAUAUUCCUUCGGCAUUGUUCAAGAAUUGCUACAGGACGAGGUUUAUUUCGUUGGCACACAACAAUCUCUCGGGCCCGAUCCCUGUCUCUGUCGGUAAUUGUUCGAAUCUCGAAGGGGUAGAUUUGUCCUUCAAUAAUCUUAGUGGGGUUUUGCCUCUAGAAAUUUGCAGCAUUCCUAAGUUGACGUACUUAUCCGUAAGGAGCAAUGUGCUAUCGGGAAAUAUUCGGGUUUCGCAAUGUCGGAACUUGGAUCUUUUGGAUCUUGGUAGUAACAUGUUUAACGGGCCCGCGCCGUUUGAGGCUCUUGGAUUACCGAAUCUCGCAUACUUCAAUAUUUCGUGGAAUGGUUUCGAAGGGGCAAUUUCAGAAUUUGGAACUUGCGCAGAGAGUUUCGAAGUGUUAGAUGUAUCGGGGAAUGCUUUGUAUGGGGAAAUUCCGUCGAGCAUAAACAAAUGCAGCAGCCUUAAGUAUCUCGAUCUGGGUUUUAAUCGAUUUAAUGGAAGCAUACCCGUUGAAAUAUCCGAUUUGAAAAAUCUCGUAGUCAUCCGAUUGGCUAAUAACUCGAUAGAGGGAACAAUCCCUUCCGAGUUUGGAAGUAUAGAAUGGCUCGAAGUGCUCGAUUUACACAAUCUCGAACUCGUCGGCCAAAUCCCAAACGAAAUCGCCCAAUGCCAGUUUCUUCUCGAGCUGGAUGUUUCUAGAAACUAUUUGGAGGGAGAGAUUCCGCAGAACCUCGAUAACAUGACUCACCUCGUGAUUCUUGAUUUGCAUGACAAUAAGCUCGACGGAAGUAUACCUUUGACGAUUGGAAAUUUGUCCAACAUGCGCGUCUUGGAUUUUUCGGAGAAUAUUCUCUCCGGUUCGAUUCCUUUCACACUCGGAAACUUAAACAAUCUAACCCAAUUCAACCUCUCUUACAACAACCUAAUCGGUUCCGUCCCUUCAUUUCAAACCAUCCAAAAAUUCGGACCCUCCGCUUUUUCCCACAAUCCAGGUCUAUGUGGGCCCCCAUUGGAUAACCCCUGCUUAGGUGGCGGCGGCGCUUCGACUCUAACUUCAAGAAAACCGAAGCUGAGUGUUUCCGCCAUUAUUGCAAUAAUCGCCGCUUGUCUGAUUAUUACAGGCGUUUGCGUCAUUACAAUAAUCAACGCAAAGGCUCGUCGGAGAAGAAGACGAAAUAGAACAGAAGAAGACGAAACCAUGGUUUUAGAGAGCACACCGUUCGCUUCUUCGACAGAAUCGAACGUGAUUAUCGGAAAAUUAGUCCUGUUCAGCAAAACCCUACCCUCGAAAUACGAGGAUUGGGAGGCGGGGACAAAAUCUCUGCUUGACAAGGAGUGUAUAAUAGGCGGCGGCUCGAUCGGAACCGUCUACAAANCCACCUUCGAAGGCGGCAAUGGAGUAUCGAUCGCCGUGAAGAAACUCGAAACCCUCGGAAGAAUCCGGAACCAGGACGAGUUCGAGCAGGAAAUCGGCCGCCUCGGAAGCUUCCGAAACCCUAAUUUGGUCCCCGUGCAGGGUUACUAUUGGUCGUCGAGCAUGCAGUCAAGUCUAAUGGAAUUUGUUCCGAAUGGGAAUUUGUACGAUAAUUCGCACGGACUAGGUUAUCCGGGUACGAGCAAGGGUUACGGCAAUCCGGAGUUGAAUUGGUCUAGAAGGUUCCGGAUAGCGCUCGGAAUAGCACGGGGUUUAGCCUACUUACACCAUGACUGUAAGCCUCAAGUUCUUCACCUCAAUAUGAAAUCGACUAAUAUUCUACUCGACGAGAAUUAUUCGGGACAACUGUCGGAUUUCGGGUUGAGGAAAUUGCUUCCGAAAAUCCAUAAUGCGGUUGGAUACGUGGCGCCCGAGCUGGCGCAGAGUUCGAGGAUUAGCGAUAAAUGCGACGUGUAUAGUUUCGGGGUGGUUCUUAUGGAGUUGGUUACGGGGAGGAAACCGGUGGAGGCAGUUUUGGGAAACGAGGUGGUGAUUUUGUGCGAGUAUGUGAGGAGUUUGAUAGAACGGGGUUCUUUUUCGGAGUGUUUCGACAGGAAUUUGAGAGGUUUUGUGGAGAAUGAAGUGGUGCAGGUGAUGAAAUUAGGGUUGAUUUGUACGUCGGAGAUUCCGUCGAGGCGGCCGAGUAUGGCGGAGGUUGUUCAGGUUCUUGAGACUGUAAGAAAUGGCUCUGAAUAGUAAUUUUAAGAUUCUAUUGGUUUAAUUGAUUAAUUGUAUUUGUUUGUAGUUGGCAAUAAUGUUUUGUGUUUUUCCCAUUAUUUGUAGCUUACAGAACAUAUUUUGUACCCCAAUAUCCAAAAAAAAUUAAAUGAUUUUUUCAAGAUUUAAUGUUCAGUUUUCUGCAUAUGAG